AUGUCUCUCAGUGGGGCGUCAUCGGACGGGUCAUCGGAUGAUUCCUACUGCGGUGAUGUAGAAACUAAUGACAACACAUCCCCAACUGGAUCGGAGUUCCAAGACGUCGACUCGCAACCAAAUAAAGGAAAUACGUUCGAACCGCUUGGCGAGUAUCUGGCGACACAAUACGAAGAUAUUGAACUCUAUAGACCCGGAGGCUUACACCCAAUCCACAUUGGGGAUUAUCUUGACGCGGACCAGAACUUCGAAGUGCUACAUAAGCUUGGGUUUGGUUCAUCGUCAACUGUAUGGCUCUGCUUCGAUCACUACUCGCGCUACUACCGAGCCGUCAAGGUCUUUACCGCCGAUACAUCGACCUUGCGGUGGUACGAUAACCCCCAAGUCCAAGCUCUGGCCGACCGGACCGUGGACGAAGCUCUGCCUCAUACCAUCGUUACUCCCCUCAAGAAGUUCUGGGUCAAGGGACACAACGGGAAGCAUCUUUGCUUGGUGUUGCCUGUCCUCGGACCGAAUCUCCUGGAUGGACUUGAAGGAGCAGGAUUGGAUACUCCCGACUACCUCCAAGAUCUCUGCCGCAGUCUCGCGGGCACAGUAAAUUAUCUCCACCAAAACGGUGUCAUUCACGGUGACAUUCGCCCCCAAAAGAUCAUGAGGGUCUUGGCGAGCCAGUGGAUGUGGACGGUUUCGCGCAGAGACCUCUUUGGGCGGUAUAUUCCCAAGCCCGAAUCGCGAAAGCUGAAACCGCUUAUUCGCAGCUUUGCCCACGACGGGCCCCGGUACCUAGUGUCCAGGGCUGACCUCGGCGCGCUCGAGCGCGAAUUCCGGACGAACAGGAUAGCCAUUGCGGAUUUCGGCCGGGUGAGCCAGUCCUCGGAUCUACUUGAACCGACACAAGUGCACUGUACCGGCUAUAGCGCGCCUGAAGUUAGGCUAAAGGGUAUUGCUGCUGGCGCUGCGAGUGACGUUUGGUCCCUGGCAGCGUGCCUUCAUAUUGUGCGCACUGGCAGAGAGCUACUGGCCGAUAUGAACUCCGAUACAGCAUACCUUGGUUGGCUCACCUGGGUCUUCGGUCCCGGCUUAACUUUACCUAUUAAUAAUAUUAGGGGUCUUCUCGCCCGGGAUGGCACUACCCUCGUCGAGAGUAAUGGUCGGGAGGAAGAGGAAGUACACAGGUGGUUGGACAGACGUGACAAGCCGGUGUCGAGAUAUAGGAGGGCAGACUCCAAGCGGACAUUUAAGAGGGCCGAAAGGACCGCGAUCAAGUCGCCAAUUUCUAAGAGCAAUGGCAGCACUGAUCUGGACUUGGACGAGGAAGAAGUCGAUGGUGACAGCGAGGCGUCUUCUCAGUCGGACACGAGCUCCGAUGGCUCCGAUAACUCUUUUGUAAACAGCCGCAGGAGAUCAAGGACAAGGACACCACCGGUCAAGCCACGUCCCGAGGUCAUAUUGCCCACUACUUAUGCCGAAUGGGACUUGCUGCGGGAGGAACACGCACAACGAACGGGAUUUCCGACUCUCUUGGACAAGUCUAUUGGAUCUACUGAGACUUGGCACGAGAUGUCUGAAUCAAUGAGGUCCCGGGGUCUGCUGUCUUCAGGUAUAAUGCGGAUGCGGCCCGGAUCACGGGAAUCCACUUCAUCUUCCCACGACGAAAGAUCCGAGAAGACUACAUCUCGGUCCAGGUCGAGAUCCCGACCGCCCUCAGAGGCACCCCCAGAGCUUAGGCGAAGUCCCCGGAUUAAGCGUCCGGCCGACGACGAAGAUACAAGCUGCAGCUGCAGCGUCAAAAAACAGAGGGCCGAAGAAAAGUCAGCCAUUGUGGUGCCCAAGAUUGAUGAAAGGGACCAAGUUUCCUGCAGCGAGACGGCGGAUGGAAUGAUCGAGUAUGUCUACAAAAUGCAGAGUUCCGAAGUAGCUUUAUUUGCGGAUCUUCUCAUGAACAUGUUGAUGCCGGAUCCGAAGCGGCGUUUUACGGCCAAGCAGGCACUAAAGCACCCAUGGUUCAAAAAGAGGAACGGCAAUUCAGCAAUCACGGCCUCAGUGGAGGCAAACACGGAUCAAGUCUGA